AUGGAGAGCUACAAGGAAUGGGUCAGGAAGAACAGGGAGUUCGUGCAGUCCUUGGAAUCACUGGCCAAUGUAAUCAGCUGAGAACCUGAAUCUCUCCUUCCACUGGUUCCUUCUCCAUCUGUCUCUCUUCUUCUCUCCCUAUGCGUUUGAUUUAUUCUUUUUCUUCGAAUUCCCGAGAGAAUUCUCUUCCGUGGUCCGGUCUAGGGCAGGCCUGCUUCGUUCUAGGUUUCUUGCCGGCGUCGUGCUGACCUCCAGGGCUGUGGAAUUUUUGUACACAGGGCAUCACAUGGCUUCUACCGGAGAGAUUUUCCAAUUCGGAGAUUGGCCCAGAAGCAGGUUCUGUGAAAUCUCAGUAACCCUCGACAUAUUUUCCUGGAAAAUCGAAUCCAAUUACUUCCCCUAUUUGAUGAACUUGUCUGACGCAAUGAUCCUCGUGUCCCUUCAUUCAUCUGCUGAAAUUAGGGUUUAAUUGGACCAAUUUGAGGUUCAGGUAGCUAAAUCAGGUGGCGAUGCUAUGAACUGAAAAAGCUGUUCCUCUUUUCCACAGUCUAUGCUUUUUUGGGCGUAAUCAGCACCGUAAACCAGCAUAUAAUUGACACUAUUCCGAGCCAUGGCGGAGCGAGGGGCUCUGGCCCGUCGUCAUCUUCAUGGCCACUGUGUGUAUCGGUGCUCAAAGACUUGGAGACUGUGGUCGAAGUAGCAUCCCAACACUUCCUUGGAGAUGAUGGAAAGUGGAAUUUCAUAGCUCUCACAGAAGCUACCAAGUAAAUCAGACUCGAGACUAUUUGGUCAAUAUUUUUGCUCGAAUAUUUUUUUCUCUUGCAGGGGUUUGCACAUUGACCUUUCCAUAGCUUUAUUCAUGGAAAUCUUUUGGAUCUUUUGGAUCUUUUGGAUCUUUUGGAUCUUUCAGGGUAUUGGUCAGAUUAGCCCAAUUCAAGGACUGUGGUUACAGAAUCCUCCUGCAAGGUGGAGAAACAUCCAAUUCAGACGAGGCCUCGAGUGUUUCAGACAUUGAUCCCUCUGGACUGGGGAAUCCUGGGAGAAUCGGUGGCUAUGAUCCAAGAAAUUUAGAAGGGAGAGCCCUGUCGGCACUGAACAUGUUUGCACAGAAUGCUAAGAUGAACUCAGAACAAAUGUGGGUCCCAAGGGCCACCAGUUCUGCCCCCGGUAUUCUUCUUCUGUUGUCUAUGCUUCGAGUUGCUGUGAUCUUUUUUCCUGGAGAUAAUCGAUAACCACUGCUUCUGCUGCAGCGUCACCCCCCAAGACUACUCUUUCCACCCUUUGGUCUGAGAAGGGGCUCUCUGGUGGGUUCUUUGUGAUGGGGGAGGUCCUAUGUAUCAUUAGACCGCUUGUUUAUGUUCUAUUCAUAAGAAAAUAUGGGAUUCGAUCAUGGACCCCUUGGUUAGUCUCCUUGGCUGUGGACCUCACUGGAGUUGGUAUUCUUUCAUAUGUCACCAGACGUGCUGCUGGUGAUCAUGAACGGUUCGCACUCUCUGUCUCAGAAAAAAAUGAGGUCGGUUCUUCUCCUGGGUUCUUCAUUGACCCCACCCUUCCCCUCAAAAAAAAGAAAAAAAAAAACCCAAUCAUGAAUUUAAUGCCGUUAUUUGGUCAUAUGUUUUUCAUUGCCCUAUGAUUUUAUCUCCUGUUUUCCCGGAGGCUGUCUCGUUUGAUGAUUAAUAAGCUUUAAAUAUUUGCGGUGAACCCAGAUGAAGAGAAGAAAGGUUCUGUGGGCACUCUACGUCAUGAGGGAUCCAUUCUUCAGCAACUACGCCAGGUAGCUGCAUAUGCUGCUUCAUUUUCUGAUGAUCACAUUUAAUUAAUUUUUUUCCCCUCUUUCAGACAUCGCUUAGAAACCAGCGAGAAAUAUAUGCAUCAGGUUCCGUUGAUUGGAUUUCUCACAGGUCUGUUCCAUGCCUUUUUCCCUCACCGUUGACUUUUUUCUUCCUAUCCUAAAUUGGGAAGAAAAUCUCGAAUGAGCCAUGUUUUUCUUUGGUGCGCAGCUAAAAUUGUCGAACUUCUGAUCGGAGCCCAAACAAGAUACACCUACACAUCAGGUUCAUAG